AAAAUAAAAGAAUUUAAGCAUUAUUAUCCUGAGACUACAUAGAAGAAUAUCAUCUACUACAGGUUUGAGUUCAGCAUCCUCACCUACCUGAUGAUGGUGGGGGAUGGUGUGAUCUUCCUGUGUGGAAUCCCGGGAAUACAGAGGACGGGGACAUCUCUCUGGUGGGUUCCCAUUACUGGAUCCAUCUACCUGAUGAUGGUGGGGGAUGGUGGGACCUUCCUGUGUGGAAUCCCGGGAACACAGAGGACGAGGACAUCUCUCUGGUGGGUUCCCUUGACUGGAUCCAUCUACCUGAUGAUGGUGAGGGAUGAUGUGAUCUUCCUGUGUGGAAUCCCGGGAAUACAGAGGACGAGGACAUCUCUCUGGUGGGUUCCCAUGACUGGAUCCAUCUGUCCGGUGAUGUGAGGGGCAGCUGAUUGUCCAUCAUG